GGCCGCGAAAGCACACGAAUUCCCAUAUUACCGCCCGAAAUACCAAAUGAGCGGUCCGUGAAGGAAUAUCCGAAGGUUGUCGUUGAGCCCGUCCAACAUCAUGCGGGAGCACCGUCGCCGCAGUCCGGAAAGCACCCGCAGGCGGCGCGCCGAGCGUCGGCGGUCGAGGGAGCAGCUCGCCGCCGCCGCCGCCGCCGCCCUUGCCGAACGCGCCCCGGUGUCUUCGCGUUCGCACCGGCGCGCCCGUGCCGAUUCGAGCUCGUCGUCGACGUCGUCUACCUCGUCGACCUCAUCCUCGUUGAUGAACAUCUCGCGAAAGAGCCGCUUCGGCAUCCGCUCCUUCUUUGCCUCCUCCUCGGUGAAGAAGGUUAAGAAGCGCCGCUCCUUCCGCAGGAAGAACACAUCGUCGUCCUCGGUUGACAGCGACUUGGCCUAUGGCACAGGCUACAUCUCCAGAUCCUCCUUCGAGAGGCAACAGGCCAAGUACCAGCAGCGCCUCCAAAACCAACACCAACACCAACAUCAGCACCAGCACCAGCACCAACACCAACACCAGCCCCCUUACCAUGCUCAGCAAGACCCCCAGCCCUCCCAGCAUUCGCAUUCCCAUCCCCCCCACCACUCGCAGCACCCCCAGCAUGGCCCAUACCCUUCGCAGCCCGGAGCAUCACCAUCCCACCACCCCCCGGAGCAGGACCCGUUGUUCGGACCCGAUGGCCGGCCGGCGCUGCACAGGGCCCAGACAGACGAGGAGAUUCUCGCCUUGGGCCGCAGGCUCUCGGACCUGGCGCGCGCUCAGAACCUCCGGGAUCUCGAACGCGCCGGCAAGAAGCGCCCGUCCCGCUUGGUAGCCGGGGCGGCGGCGCUGUCCGAGUUCAACCGACAGGGUUCCCACGGCCAUGCUUCCAGGGGCCUUAGCUCCUCCAAGCCGCACGCUCGCCACGAGGAAUCCGACACAGAGUGGGAGUCCGCUUCCGAUUCCGACUCCGACUCGGAAUCCUCGAGCGAUGUCGAUUCCAACCUGGUCUAUGGGCCCACGCCCAAGUUCUCGGACCCCAGCCUGCCUAUCGACGACCGGUCGCAAAGCCGGCCGACCAAGGCGCCAGUCAUUAUCUCCCAGCCGCCUCCCGAGUCCAUCCGCCCCCCGCACCGCAAGAGCUCCGCUGUCGACCCAGCCAUGUUCGGCCCUGUCAACUCCCUUCGCGGCUACGUCGACACUCCGUGUGGUUUCCGUCCUGGGGAUUACCCGCCUCCUUCGCACAGCCAGACGGACCUCCGAGCGCCCCCGUAUGAGCCGAUCCCUCAAUCAGAGAGUGCAUCCAUCGAGGCCAGGCCGAUGCGGAAUGUGUACCCCGUCCCGACCACCGACGCUGCUCGCUUCGAAGCGGCCCCCAGCUCCUCGGGCGUGUCCGUCCCCUUGGCCGGUCCCGCGGCGCCCUCCACGCCGACUCGCCGGGACAAAACCGGGGAGCGAGAUGACGAUGGCGCCCUGUACUCUAACCGCUCCGAACCUGUCCCGAUCCAGGCGCCCAAGCCGAGGGUGCCCGUGUCACCCCGCGUGCUGGAGGAUCGCCGAGCCGCGGUGGAGCGGGAGCAGCAGGCCCAGCAGGGCAGUCCCCGCGAGCGCCGGUCGAAGAGGGCGCGUGACUCGGACCGGAGGAGCGCCGUGGAGACUGUCGUUUCCGGCGCGCUGUCUGCUGUCGUCGGUGCCGCUGCCGGAGCGGCCCUGGCCGGCGUUGUUGAGGACAGGAGGGACAAGAGACGGGACGAGCGCGACUUUGACAGACGGGAUGAGAGGCGCGGCUGUGACGAUCGACAUGCCCGCCCGGCUCCUGACUGGAGGAGUGUUGCCGAUACGGCCCCCGUCGUCCCCCCAUCGCCCGCUGCCUCCGCCACCUCGAAUGCCAUCGGUCAGCGCGAGCUCGAUGAACUCCGCGCCAAGGAAGCCAGCUUGCGCGAAGAACGCCUGCGCUAUGAGCGCGAAGCGCAGCGCCACCGCGAAGCCCGCGAGCGCCUCGAGGCCGAAGAGCGCCGCCGCCAGGAGGAGCUGGAGGGGCGUCGUCGACAGGAGGAGUUGGACGCGCGCCGACUUCGCGAUAAUCCCGAGCUUGCCGACAUGUAUGAGCGCCGUGUGCGCGAAGCCCGCGAGAUCCGCUACAAGGAGGAGCGCCGGAGCCGGGAUGAGCAGCGCGCCGCCCGAUCGGAGCAUGAGCGGAUGGCCAGGAGCGCCGAGAAGAAGCGCGACCGCGAGGAGAAGCGCAAGCUCGAGUCCGCCGACUACCAGGAGGAGCGUAGCCGCGAGCGCGAGGAGCGUCGUCGCUUGAAGGGCAAAGACGUCGUUGCCGCGGUCGACGACGACGAACGUGGCCGCAGCCACGCGUCUAGCAAAGAGGUAGUGCCACCCCCCGGUCCUGAGGAGAGAAAGCCGGGAGGGCUGGAGCCUGAGGCGGCCAAGCCUAGCCGCGAACAGAGACGUGCGGAGCGCGAGAAGACCCGCCGCAUGCUCGAGGAGAUUCAGCGGCAAAUCGAGCUCGAGAAGAAGCGGCUCGCCGAGCUGGACGCGGGCAGAGAGCCGCCCCCGGCGACUGAGCGUGCUGAACCUGGUCCUUCGACCAGCCGGAACGAUGGGGUUGACCCAUUCCAAUACCAGGUGGCGGACGACGCCUUCCCAACUCCUGCAUACAGCCCCCCCCAGAGGUCCAUCACUCCCGUCAUCUACACCGUCGAACGCGAGCCCGAGUGGGCGCGCGAGGAGGCGACGAAGGACGACGAGCCUGAGGAGGAGCGACUGAGCCGGCGCUGUUCGUUUGAACGGGAGCAGAGGGAGGCCCAGGCCAGCGCCAGCGAGACCCGCCACUCCGCGAUUCCGGACGAGGACGGCGCGGUGGAGCGCGCUCGGUCCCGCUCCCGUGAACCCCCGCGGCCCAGGGAUCGAGAACCUGUCAGAGACCCCGUGCAGGAGGAGGCCAACCGACUCUACCGCGAGAGCAGGAUUUCCCAGAGAAUGGCCGAGGAGGAGAUGCGCUCUCACACGCCCUCGCCGACCAGCUCCGUCGUCGAUAAGUACGAAGACACCGAGGACCUCGCCGAGGACCCCAUCGGCCGCAUCGUCACUCCGCCCGAGAUGAAGCGUCCUCCGCCAAAGAGCAAGUAUGACGGCCCAAAUGCUGACGUCCGCAUCGACAACAUCAUCACGCCGCACGACCUGCACAAGUUCCUAGCCCCGCCUGCCGAUGCGUCUGGGCUCGGGCCCGUGAUGAUGCCCGUUUUCAAAUCCCGGGACCCGUCCUGCGAGCGCGAGCGGCCGAUGCUCAACCUUGUUCUCCCCACCCCUAGGACCUCGCCAUCGCUGGAGAAGAUGAAGGCUAGGCAGGCGGCAGCCCAAGCCGCUGCCGACGACGCCCCGUCCGAGGACGAGAAGAGGACGGAGGAGCGCAAGCCCCACGUCAUCAUCGACCGCCAUGGCCAGGUGGUGGAAGUCCCCGAGGACUACGCCACCGGGCGAGCCGUGGAGACCGACAGCCGCGAUUCAUCUCAGGAGCGCCCCGCGAUCAGGUUCAAGUUCGCUGGCAGGAAGAAGAGCGCUUGGGGGAGCCUGAUUGCUGCCGCCGUCGCGGCUGCCGCUGUCAAGUCGAAGGGGAAGAAGCCGGGUGAUGCGGAAAAGGCCGUCGAGGACAAGGGCAGCGAUGCCGCAGAAGCGGAUAAAGAUAAGCCGCGGGAUGCGGAGCCCGUGUCCGAGCGAAAGCCCGAGGAGACCGCUGCUCCAGAGGCGCAUCCGUCGGCCGAAGCGGUGCCGGAAUCAGCAGCCCCGGCUGCGGUCCCGGAGCCGGCGCAGGUAGUACCCGACGAAGCCUUGCCGGACACGCAGCCCGAGCCAGCGGCCCCCAAUGUCUCGCAGGAACCGUCCACCCCUCCUCGCUGGUCACGGGUCCCCUACGAAUUUGACGACGAGCCCCCUCAGGUCGGCCCGAAACCCUCUAGCCCUCACUCUUCGUCCCAGAUGCCGGGCUCCUUCGAAGAGGACAUUGAAUUUACCGCCACCCUCGCUGCCGGCCUACAGAGCUCGGGGUUUAACCCUGACAUCGUGAUUCAGGAUCCCACUUACCGCAGGCGAGACUCCCCUCCUGGGUCGGACGAGCCCCGGUAUGUGCCUCCGUCCUGCGAGACGGUGACAGAUCUCGGCAUGGAGUCCUCGCACCAGGACGGUACCGCUGGGGGGCCUGACGCGCCCCUCCUCGAACGCGUGGCUCCUGUUGAGGGUUCUUCUGCCGCUGAACAGAGCGAGAAGCCCGGGGGCGAGGACGACGACACAGCGCCCGCGACCGAGGUUGUCGAGCCGAGUGCGGAGGCAUUUGUGGCUGAUGCCGACGACGAGUGGUCAACGAGGAGUCUCACAGAGUCGAAGAAGCCAGAGAGCGACCAUCCCGGCUCUUUCGAUUCGACGACGUACUCUGGCCCGUCCUCCGAGGUGUCGGUGGCGAGCUCGGGCAGCGGGAAAAAGAGGAAAAGCAGCCGCCGCAAGAGCACCAAGGACGCCUACGAAAUACCGGAGCAAGGUGAGCCACCGGAUCGACCCGGCGAUUCUUUUCAGUGGAUCGACCGAGAGGUGAGCUCGGUCGUCUCCGACCCGACCGGCAAGACCAACGGCGGCGGCGGCGGCCACCACGACACCAAAUCCGUCGUGUCGCUCCCUACCAACGGGACCGGCGAGCACCGCGAACAGCCGACCAAGCACAACGGCCAUGGCGAGGAGGAGGAUUCUUUUUUAGGUAAUGCCGGCACCUUUGGCGCAGGUGCCGGCUAUGCGGGAGCCGUAGCAGUCGCCGCCGCUGCUCAGCUUUCCCGCCCAAAUGCCACCCAGGACUCCGUUGAGGAGGAGGAGGUGCAGCCGUUUCGCCGCGCGCGUAGCAUCAGCUACAGCUCGCAGACCGUCGACCCGGAAAUCGUCCAGCGCGAAAUCAAGCCCGCCAUCGACCCCCAGUACGGGGAUCUGCUCCCCUUGCCUCCCAGCGAGCCUGGUUCACCUAAGUUUCUCAACAACCUAAGUGCAGAAGAGCAUUCCUUCCCUUCCCUCCCCGACAGCGACGAGGAGUCGCCGCCGCCGCCGCAUCUCCAGCAGACCCGGCCUCGUCGGGCCACCGUCGCCCACACCCACGCCCGCCGUCGCAGCGCCAUUGAAACGCCCAAAACCCCCAGCCGCACCGCCGUCCCUGUCCAGUUCCGCAUCGGCCGCGGCUCGGUCCCUUCUUCCCCCGUCUUCUUCCGCUUCUCACCCAUGCAUUCCCCCGUCGCACCUGGCAACCCCGAUACUCCGGGUAGCGCCUCUCCCCGCAGGAGCCGCGUCAACCGGCCGACUUCGUGGGAUAGCACGCGAGAUUUCAAGCCUCUCUACCUGCUGGAGAAGACCGCAGCGGGCUCCGCCGCUCAUGGCGCCGCCGGUCCCGCCCAGUCCGAGGAGUAUCCCGAGCUGCCGCCUAGCGAGCCGUCUUCGAGGGAGAGCCCGGGGCCCGAGUUCGCGGAGCGUGAGGAUGAUCUGGAUUACCUUGGUGUCGGGCUCAGGGUCGCCGCCGGUAUGGGGGCGUCCGCGGAGCUGUUGCAGGCGUUGCGCAUCGACACGACCGGAAAGGGCCUCGAUGUCGGUGCCGGCGAGUCCGGGUUUGGGGAGCUGCUGGGUUCGGGGGACACGACGCCCAGGGCGGCCGUUCCGCCUCCGCAUAAGUUUGACGCUCCUCCAAGGGAGUUGUCGACCGAGGGCGAGAACGUACACCCCACGGAGGAGCAGCAGCAGCAACAACAGCAACAACUUGUGAAGGAGCUGGAGACGUUGCCUCCGCUGCCAGAUAGCCCCGCCGAUUCGCCAACUUGGUCCCCACCAUCCCCGGAUGCCACCGCCCAGGCUCCGGCUGCUGCGCCCGUCUUUGAGAGCUUGGAGAGCUUACCCGCCCUUCCCGAUAGCUCACCGGCAUCGCCUCGUGUUCGGAGUUUGCCUCCGGCCCCUGCCCCUCCCGUGGAUGAUGACGGGGAACCGGAACAUCUGCUCCCUCUUCCUGAGAGCUUUUUGCCGACCUCGCCUCCCCUGGCACCCUUGCCCCCGACAUCUGCGCGGCUGCCGGCCAAUGAAGACCUGGAGAAGCUGCCGGCCCUUCCUGAGAGCCGCUCCUCAUCUCCGGUUAUGGCGCCCCGCGAAAGCAGCCCCGUGUCUCCGAACCUGCCGCCGUUUGGUCUUGCGACCGCAGAGUUCGUGACGGUUGUGGAGUCCGACAAUAACCAGCUGCCGCCCCUCCCAGAGAGCGGUACCAGUUCUCCUCUUCGACCGGCACUCGCCGCCCUUACGGGCUCCGAGCUUGCUGGCGCCGUUGAGCUGGGUGAGAGUCGCACGGCAGAACUCACUUCGGCGGCAACACAAGCAGUCAGUUGGGAGCUAGACGAAUUGCCCCCCCUACCUGAGAGCCAAACUGCCUCCCCUGUUUCAUCAAAAGCCUUUCGCACCCCCACCCAAGUAUCAGCAGACGAUGGAUUGGAGUCCCUACCGCCGCUUCCCCGGAGCCGCCCGCUCUCUCCUGUCCAGGAAGCGCCGACUCCGGUUGUCGAGCCUCUGAUGCGUCCGGCAACAACCCCUGAGCAUGUAGAGGAGCUGCCUGCCGCCCAAGGACCUGGCUUUGGGCACGACCCCAAGAACCUGCCACCGCACCCGGAAAGCCGUCCCAGUUCACCUACCGAGGUAGAGCUAGCACCCAAUGACACCGUUGAGCCUUUGUACCUGCUUGCCCCUGCUGAAUCUCCCAUCGAGAACGCUGCAUCUACACAAGAGCAAGGCCUCGUUGUGGACCUGGAAGGGCUACCUCCUCUUCCAGAGAGUCGACCCAGCUCACCAAUUGAGGAAGAAACUGGUUCACGGGAAGUUGCCGACCUCCAGUCUGCCAUUGAAGAGCCUGUUUCGACGCAAAAUCCUGGCCUUGCGACAGAUUUGGAUGAGCUCCCUCCACUACCCGAAAACCGCCCCGAGUCCCCUGCUCAACGAGACGUGCCCGCCGUUGAAAAUGUCACUUCUCAGCUUGCACCUGUGGCCAGUUCUGAUGAGCGAAAGGCCGAACCAAACUUGGAGGACCUGCCUCCGCUGCCGGAACCCCGUCCUGGCACUCCCGAGCAACCGCCAGCUUCGCAAGCUGCCUUGGAGGAGGGGGCCUCAACGGCGCCGGCUACUACUCAAACGGACAGAGCACCUAUUGUUGAGGUCUUUAGACCCGGAUUUAGCCAGGAAUCUACAAUUCAAGCACGUGAUUUUGCCAUAAUGCCUUCACAGGAUCUUCCCUCCAGCCAAGUCUACCAGCCUCCUUUGACCUACGAAGAACUCAAGGAGAAGGGGUUCCACAAGCGGAUACCAAGUCCUCUUCCCACGGGCAGUAAUGACAAACAGGAAGAUUGGGACCCCGCCGAGAAGAGCAGAUCCAACCUGCUGGGCCCUGCCGCUGCUGCAGUGGCUGCCGCCACGGCGAGCGGUCUGGUCGUGGCACACAUGCGCCACGACGAUUCGACUCCCGGCCCGCAAGGUCUCGACUACGACAGGCUACAGACACCCGGUUACGACAAGGCGGAAAGCGUCUCCUCGUUCAAUGAAGAUGCUUCCACCGUUGCGGCAUCGGAAGCGCCUACUUACUUGUCUGGUUCAACGUUCUACGACGCGCAGCAUGACACCGGGAAACUCGAAGACUCGCCGCCGCGGCCCGGCACUCUCGCCUAUCUCCUGAGCAAGAGAGGCCAGAAGUCUCAGGUGCAGGAGGAUGACUGGUCUGCUGUGGGCUCCUCAUCUCCUUCGAGGAAGGGCAAGACAAGGUCCUUGCUAGAACCCGAGCCCACGAUCGGGGUACAAGACAAGCGGGCCCCGGGAGAGGCAUCAGAUGUGCGUAGUCAAGAGGGCCCAGGCCAAGGGUCAUCAAUCUCUGCUGUUGAAGCGGCCAAAGCGACAGGGCCGUCCGAAUACGAGCCGUUUUCCGGCGCGCGCAAAAGGGGCAAGAAAUUGGGAAGCAGAAAGGAGGUCUCGUGGACCGAGCCUGCGGGAGAAACUCAACAACCGAGCCAUGCCGGUGAGUCUCUGUCCGAGCCCGUGACCUUCCGAUCCACAGUUGAGCCCGGCAUGACUGCGGGCGAACCAAAGCAGCACCCGACCUCCGAGAAGUCGGUCUCGGACCCAGCUGGUUUCACCUACAGGUCGGAUGCUCGGGAGUCAACCCCCACGCUUGGCAAGAGAGGCAAGAAAAAGAAGAGAGACAACGGGCCAGAUGCCAACUUGGAAGGACCCGGCAGCGCGGAUCGCAUUCCAGACCCAGUCCGGGAACCUCACCCGGCUGCAACUCUGCACGAGGUUGCCCGAGGCGCAUCACCACCUCAGCACGUGGGGCCACGCGAGCUGUCGGGAUCAGAAGGAGACUUACCUCGCAGCUGUGACGCUGUGGAAACAAGUCCGGCGGAGCCAGCGGCCGAGGAGGGCCCCGGUUCACGGCCCGCUUCAUCUGCAGCCGCAGAUGCCGAGGCCAAGGAGCAGGGGCAGCGCGAUCGAGGCCUGCAGGAGGCUCACGCCGCACCGGCUGAACCAGCCAAGCCGAAGAAAAGCCUCUGGGGCCCCUCAUUCUCGAUGCUCCCCUCCAUCGCUGGCGGCGUUGGCUCUCUCUUCGGCAGAGGAAAGCGCAAUUCGGCCCAGGCGCAGGCGCAGACUCGAGAUGCCGAGAGGCGGGAAGUCCAGGGCCAGCUGAAGGCCGAGUUGCCUCGUGAUACUGGGUUGCCCACGCAGGAGAAUGACCAAAAGCAACAAUACAACACGGCCGUAGAGUCGAUGGAGAUGCCCAAGCCUCCACUUCGGCCGCCAAGUGUAGGCGAGUCCAACAGCCAGAUUCCCGAUGUGGGGCAUGCAACAGGCGUGCAUGAGCCCCCUGACAGCGACAAAUCAGGGGCCGACACGGCAAGCUGCGCGCCAGACACCGCUGUUUGGAUACCCAACGAGCAUGGCCCAUCCCCUGAGAUCUCCACACCCGGGGCUGUCGACGGGGUGACGCCCUCGGAUGCAGCACGCCUCGAGGCUGUUGUGGUGGACAGCGCCGACCGGCAACGCGGGGGGCCUGAAGGUGAGCAACCAGACAAAAGCGCACCUCGGUCGCCAGGCCAGUCCCAGACCUUUGCGACGUCAGACGAAACCCAGCAUCCAACCGUCGACGACGCUGCCGUCGCCACUGACGCCGGUGACCAACCAACCGAGGCCAUGGGAAAGAAGGGUAAGAAGCAGCAGCAGCAGCAGCGCAAGGACGCGCCCAAGGACACGCCCAAGGGUGAAACAACAACAACAACAACAACACCCCCCCAGGAGUCGACACAGAAGGCGGCCACCCCACCAGCACCAGAGCCGCCAGCUGUCCACGAGGCUGGCCAACAAGAUGUCGUUCCUGGACAACACACCAAUCCGGAGCCUACGGCAUCCACCGAGCCCGGUUCGGUGACUGCCCACCAAGCCGGUGAUGACGAUACAUCCGCCGAGGCUUCUGGCAAGAAGGGAAAGAAGUCCAAAAGCAAGAAAAAGAAGCAGGCUGCGGCUGAGCCCGAGGCCGAUGCGACGGCGGCCCCGGAACCUGCCGUUGCCGAGGCAGCACCGGAGCCUUCCCCUUCCGAGAACCAGGCCCCAGCCGAGAGCAGCGAAGUGGUUGACAGUAGUAGUCCUUCUGUGGAAGCGCCGCAAGACGCUGCCCCGCCUGAACCAGCGCAUGCUAGCAAAAAGAGCAAGAAGAAAAAGAAGAAGCAGGCUGGCCAAGACGGAUCUGAGGCACCCGCCGAAGCCGCCGCAGACCACCAGGGCACCCUUGCACCCGUAGAGGAGCCGGCUCUUGUUGUGGACUCGCCGCCAGUUGAGAAUGCAUCUGCUUCUGCUUCACAGGGAGAUUCUGGCAGUCUUCCGCCCGAGGAAGUCGUGGAACCAAGCAGCACCGGCAGCAAGAAGUCGAAAAAGAAGAAGAAGCGCGGAUCGCAGUCUCCAGAAGAAACAGAGACUCGAGAGAGCCCGGCGCAGGUGCCAUCACCAGAGGCCGCGUCACCAACCACACCUGCAGAUACCCCAGGGGAGCCGGACCUCCAGGCACCGGAGACGACGACUGAGCCUGCAGAGGCGGCCGUUGAGUCAACGGCAGCGGCCGCUGAGCCCGAAGUAGACACUCCAAAGGAUUCAGAAGCGGAGAAGACUGUGUCAUUCAACAUUGACGAGCAACCGACUAGUCUCGGCGACAACACAAUACAGGAGGAUGCUCCAUCGCCAAUCCAGGACGCGAGUGACCCGUCUACAACCGGGCAAGGCAAGAAGGAAAAGAAGAAAAAGCGGCAGAGCGUUAGCUUCGCGGAGCCUCUCGAGGAGCAUCUGGGCUCUGCCAAGCCAAGAGGUGAGGACGACAGUAAGAAUGACAUCAACAACAACAACAACAGGAGCAGGAGCAGCAGCAGCAGCAACGAAAAGACCGAGGACUCGAAGGACUCCAUCUCCGAGCUUUCCACGGUUUCCCCGCAAAGCGGCGACUCUGUUGAUGAGCGGCCCGCGCAACCAGAGACCCAGAUUCCCAGCGCUCAUGAACCUACCGAGCCGCUCGGCUCUCGCUCCCCCGAUCCGUCACCGGAAAAUGAGGCGCUCAGUAAUGUCGUUGGCCAGGAUGCUCAGCAGUCGGCAACAUCAGAUGAGACCCAGGCUGAUACUGAGGUUUCGGAAGAGAAACUUCCAAGCGAGGAAUCAGCCGCGGUCGGUGCCGAAACCAACCCUCCGGCUUCUUCUCCCAAGAAAUCCAAGGAGAGCAAGAAAAAACGCAACAGCCUGUCGGAUCCGGAGACCGGGCCGGCAGCUAUGCAGCAGCAGACCCAGCCGAUUCCCGGUGAGCAAGGUGACAAUGCGGAGCGCGCCCCUGAAGCUGCCGCCCCUGAAGCUGCCGCCCCACCGGAGGCUACCGAGAGCACCACUGAACCACUGCCAAGUGGUGCAGCGAGCGCCGAGCCCGCACCAAUUACAGCCGCUCUAGCCGCCGAGCAGCAGCAACACGAACCACUCGUCGACCGGGAGCCUGACCUUGAGCCUAUUGCGUCUCAAUUACAGGACAACAAGAAAGACGGACUUUCUACGUCUCGGUCCGCUGUUGAUGAGACCCAAUCAUCCGUGCAACAGGACACCGCGGCCCAAUCAAGCGAGGCUUCUGGGGUAAACAUCGCAGCACCACCAUCUCCAAUUGAGACAUCGGAUGAAGCUCAGCCAGGUCAUACCGUGCAUGAACAGCCCUCCUCUUCCUCGGACCCAGAGCCUCAACCCGACUCCGCAUCCCAGGACAUGGCUCGCGAAGAGGAUCGGUCCCCUUACAGCCUCCUCAACAAGACCAAGAGGAAGAGGAAGAAGCCCAAGGCUGACGCAGAACCAUGGCCCAUGGGAUCCCCGGAACUACCCGUGGCUCAGCCACCCGAGAUCCCCCCCUCCUUCGAGAGCCGCGAGUUCGACCGCGUCUUCGGCACACAGCUCAGUACUGUCGAAGAGGUGACCGAGCCGCCGUCCGAGUGUGCCGAGAGCGACGGCCGCUCGCUCAUGUCCAACGAUGACAACAGGUCCGUCCAGCGCCGCAGGUCGGUCGUCUCGGAGUCCUCGCGCACCAUUUCCUCCCUUGGCGGCUCCGAAACCACUGCCGGCGCACUGGCCGAUGAUGAGAGCGGGGAGCCCCGUGCAUAUUCGCUCAAGAGGGCCGCUGCCAAGAGGGAGAAGAAGGACAAGACCGCCAAGAAGAAGCGAAAGAGCUCCGUCUGGGACGAACCCUGGCCGAGCAGUGAGGCGUCGGGUGCCGAGGAGUUCGCCGAGCCGCUUACUGAAGGUGAAGGCGAAGAGAAGGCCAUUGACGAGGCCCAACCUGUGCCGCCCGAGGGCGAGGGCGAGGGCGAGGGCGUCGUCGACGAGGCACAGGUUCCUCCGGUUGAGGGGACCGAAGAGGUGCCGCCAGAUGUGGUUCCUCCUGAGGAGACUCCGGUCGAGAAGGAGAUGCCUCGGGAAGACGGUUCAACAGACGAUGUCCCACCACCAUCAGAUUCAGCCGUGGCGCCCGAGUCCGAGACAGCAGCCGCACAGGAGGAGGCUGCCGAACAAUUGGCUGCCGAACAACCAGAGAAGCCGCCCGCUGACAAUGACGCCGUUCCCGCGGCCCUCACAGAGGAGCAGGAGCCGGCACUGAGAGCUGAAACCUCGCAGCCACCUCAGGAACCCGAGGCGCAAGCCGAGCCCGAAGUCGCUGUUGGCAAGAAGUCCAAGAAGGGCAAGAAGAAGAAGAUGGCGUCUCAGACGCUAGAGUCUAAGCCUGAGCCGGAGUCCGAGUCUAAGCCUGAGCCUGAGCCUGAGCCUGAGCCUGCCAUCCAAGCCGAGGAGGCUGCUGCUGCCAAGGCUGAACCUUCGCCAGCCGAGGACGCCCCGGCGGAGACGAACACCCAGGAACCUUCGCCUAUAAGUGCGGAACAACCCGCCGAACAAGCUGAGCAGGCGGCCGAGCAGCCGGCCGAGCAGGUGGCCGAUGAACCCGCCGUUGAAGCUCCUCCACCCACGAAGAAGUCCAAGAAGGACAAGAAGAAGGCGAAGAAGGCAGCCAAGGAACAGAUCGAGGCCGAAGCCCAGCCGUCAGCCGAGGUCCCUGUCCCCGAGGAGACUGCUCCUGUUCCUGAAGAGCCCGUCCCGGCUGAGGAGUCUGUUCCCGCUCCCGUCGAGGAACCUGCACCGGCUGAAGAGCCCCAAGUCGCUCAGGAGCCAGCACAGCUUGAAGAGCCGCUGCCCACCAACGAACCUGUUCCUACCGAGGAACCCCACGCCGCCGAGGAGCAUGCAGCCGUUCCCCAACCGGAGCAAGAAGCGACUACUCAACCAGAGGAGGAGACCGCCAAGCCGUCUGACGCAGAUGCGCAGGCAGAGGCUCCUGUCCAGCCCGCAGCCGAGCCCGAGGAGGCACCUCUUUCCCGCAAAAAGUCUAAGAAGGACAAGAAAAAGAAGAAGGGAGCAGCUGUGCAGCAGGAUUCCCAGCCCACUUCCGAGGCUCCAGUGUCCGUUGCAGAGGAGCCGACGCCGUUCGCGGGCGAGGCAGCAGCUGCGGCGGAGGAGCCAGCACCGGCCGCCGAGGGGCCAACGCUGGCAGCCGAGGAGUCGCUACCUACUGUGGAGGAGCCAGCACCGAGCUCCGCAGAGCCCACCUCACCCUCACAAGCUGAGGUUCAGGAGCUUGCGCAAGAGGUCUCCGAGCCUGUUGUUGAGACAGCACGGGAAGCACAGCCCGUGGACGUGCCAACCGAAACCCUCGACGCUCCGGCCGAAGAGGCUUCGCCCGCACAGAGCAAGAAGUCGAAGAAGAGCAAGAAGAAAAAGAAGGGCGCGGCCCAUCCAGAGCCAGAGCCGGAGCCUGCCCCAGAGGCUCCCGAAGCACCCGCCAGAGAGCCGGCUUCUCCUCCCUCAGCAGAACUUGAGCCCCCCGCAAAAGAGACACCCGAGGAUACAGCCGAGACAGCUCAAGAAGGUUCCGAACGUACCGCCGAGCCUCCUGCCGAGGCCGCUCAGGAGACACCCGAGCCUGCCGUUGAGACAGCUCAGGAAGCUUCCGAACCUGCCUUGGAACCUAUUGCCGGAGCUGUUCAGGAGACACCCGAGCCUACCGUUGAGCCAGCUCAAGAACCCUCCGAACCCACCGAGGGGCAUGCUGUCGAGGCCGCUGAGGAGACCUCCGCCGUUGGGCCAGCUCAAGAAGCCCCCGAACCUACCGCAGAGGGCCCCGCUGAGGCCGCCCAGGAGACUUCUCCGCCUGCCGCUGAGCCAGCUCAGAAGGAUGAUGCACAACCAGUGGUUGCUCCCGUCGAAGAAGCAGCCGCUGAGCAGGCGCCGACCAAGAAGGGAAAGAAAAAGAAGAAGGGCAAGGGAUCCAAAAACGUGGAAUCUGGGUCUGCCUCUGGUACCGCCACACCGGCUGUAGAAGAACCUGCCGCUGUCACAGAGCCCAAGCCAACAGUCGCUGAUCCUAGUCAAGAGAACACGGAGCAUGAGCCUGCUGCGCCAAAGUCCGUGCAGGAGGAGCCUACGGCAACAUCUGACGUGGUUCAGGAGUCCACGGAGCCACAGGCCGUUGUGCACGAGCCUACUCAAGAGCCCGAUGUGGCUGCCGUCGUCGAAGUGCCCGCACAACCAGUGGAAAAAGCCCAGCAGUCGCCCGAGCAGAGCCAACCGGAACCCGAGCCGGCACCGAAGGAGCCACCUACCGAAACCGUUUCGGGGGUUCCUGCCGGGGGGAAGAAGAACAAGAAGAAGAAGAAGGGCAAGGGCUCCAAGUCUCUAGACAAUGAGCUGCCUUCUGGCACGGCAACUCCGCCUGCAGAAGAGACGACGACUCCUGCUGAGCCUACUUCUGCUGAGCCUACUACACCUGUGGAAGAACAACCUGCCCCUACUGCUGCACCGGAGACCACCUCUGCCGAGGAGCCUCAGCAGGCGCCUGAGCCCACGCAAGCAUCCGAGACCGUCAAUGUAGACGAGAUUCCUGCUCAAAUUCCGGAAGAGAUCCCGCCUCGGCCUCAAGAGAGCCAGCCACAGCCCGAGUCAGUACAAGAAGAAGUGGCUGUAGCUGAGGAGGCGCAGGAUACCCCGGCCAAAGGCAAGAAGAGCAAGAAGAAGAAAAAGGGCAAGGGCGCAAAGGCUGCUGCCGAAUCCGAACCUGCCUCGCCGGCUGACACGACGCCAGCGCAAGAGACGCCCGCUGUUGUCGAAGAGCCCAGCGUUGCCGCUGGGGAGCCUGCUCCCGCUACCGAGGACUCGGCCACUGCCACUGUCGAAGAGCCCAGGGCUGCCGCCGAGGAAGCUGCUCCUGCUACGGACGAACCGGCCCCUGCUACGGACGAACCGGCCCCUGCUACGGAUGAACCGGCCCCUGCUACGGAUGAACCGGCCCCUGCUACGGAUGAACCGGCCCCUGCUACGGACGAACCGGCCCCUGUUAUUGAAGAAGCAGCCGUCGUCGUGGAGGAACAUACCCCGGUUACCGAAGAAUCUGGCCAGGGAGAUCAGCCGGCCGUUCCUUCGGAAACCGAGGCCGCGCCUGUUGUCGAGGCCACUCCGCCCGUACCCGAGCCCGUGAGGCAGGAAACGCGACCCGAGGAACCCCAGGAGGCACCAGCCAGUAAGAAGUCUAAAAAGAAAAAGAAGGGCAAGGGAUCUCAGGUCCUUGAACCCCAGCCUGAGCCUGAACCUGCCGCUUCUCCUGCGCCACUCGAGGAGCAGCCCGUUACCGUCGAGGAGUCUGCGCCCAUUGCUGAAGAAGCAACGGCUGCCAUUACCGAGUCAGCCGCCGGUGAACCCGAGGUCCCGAAUGUACCAAGCGCCCCUGUUCCUGAUGUGCCCAGCUCUCCCGUCCCUGAGGUGCCCGGCGAGCCUCCCCCUGAAGUUCCGAGCGAACCGGCACCUGAAGUUCCAAGCGAACCGACCCCUGAGCCGCCGAGUGAUCCGGUCACUGAGAGACCAGCCUCCGUUCCCGAACAAGCGCCCGAGGAGACUUCUGCUCUGCCGACCAAGAAGAGCAAGAAGGACAAGAAAAAGAAGAAGGGCAAAGGCCCGCAGACACCCGAACCCGAGCCCCAGGCUGAUACCACCUCCGCCGCUCCUUCAGAGGAACAGUCGCCUGUCGAGGAGGCUGCCCCGGCUGCCGAGGAACCCGUCCCUACCGCCGAAGAAUCAACUCCCGUGGCUGGAGAGUCUGCCGCCGUGCUCGAAACGUCUGCUCCGCUUGUGGAAGCCCCCCCUCCUAUCGUGGAAGAGCCGUCUUCCGCCGUUCAGGAACCUGAAGUGACGGUGCCCAUGUCCGCUGAAGAGGCUUCGCCAGUCACAGACGCGUCGCAGCAGCAGGAGUCCCAGCUCGCAGAGGGCACAGAGCCACAAACCAAGAAGUCCAAGAAGAAGAAGGGCAAGAAGGGAAAGGGCAAGGCUUCCGAACCCGAGGCUGAGCCUGUGAAUGAGCCUAAAUCCGAGCCAGCUGCUGAGAUCAACCCGCCAUCGUCCGAGGAGACCGUCAAUGUUGCGGAAGAUGCUGCCCCUGCACCUCCAUCCGAGGAGCGUGUCGUUCCUACGGAAGAGAAGACCGCCCCUGCGGAAGGACCUAGCGCCCCUGCCGCUGCUCCUGAGGAAGUGGUGCCGGUGAGCGAGACUACGCAGCCAGAGGCCAAGGCCGAAGACGAACCGGUCGUCGUCGGGGGAAAAAACAAGAAAACGAAAGCCAAGAUUGCGGCGCUCAUGUCUAUCUUCGAGCCUGGACCAGCAGCCAAGCCUGCUCCUACUGUGAAGCCGCGGCCUGCUCUGCGUGAUUCCCUUCCUUCCGAUAAGCCCGCUCCUGCCGAUGAGCCAGUUCCUGCUGAGCAGCUUCCCCCCGUUGUCGAAGAGCCUGUCACUGCCGAACAGCCUGCUCCCGUAGCCGAAGGAGUCAAGCCCGAUGUUCAGGAAUCUGUUGCUAUGGACACGCCAACUCCUGCACUGGAGGGAGUGCCCGCUGUCCACACCGACGAAUCGAGCGCGGCAAUCCAGGAGCAACCCGAAGCAGUACCGGAACCAACCUCUACUCCUGAGGAGCCCAAGCCCGAACCUGCUCAGCAAGAGGUGCCAGCCGAUCAGGAAACGCCCGCGCCGACCAAGAAAUCCAAGAAAGACAAGAAGAAGAAGGGCAAGGGCACAAAGGUCCCUGAAUCGGAACCUUCCGCUCCUCAGGCCCCAACCUUUGCGGAAGAGUCCACCCCUACCGAGCAACCGACGACCUCCCAGGAACCAGAAACCGAGGGUCCAGCUGAACCAUCGACUGAGCCGGUCGCUGCCGAGAAACCAGCCCCUCCUGUGGUUGAAGAGCCAGCACACGCAGUGGUUGAGGAGGUCAAGCCAGCCGAGCCUAGGUUGGCAGCCCAACCGGAGCCCGAACAGGCUCCGGAUGUACCUUCUAAGAAGUCCAAGAAGAAGAAGAAGGGCAAGGGAUCCAAGACUGUUGAACCCGAGACUUCUGGAGCAAGCACACCCGCCGUCGUUGAAGAGUCGGUUCCAGUUCCCGAGGAGCCGACGCCAGCAAAGCUCGAGGUUGAGACUCCGGCAGAGAAGCCUGCAGAGACUGCCGAACUCCUUCGUCCGGAGGCCACCGAGGCGGUUCCGUCACCCGACGCCGGCGAGACCAUCGCAGCUUCCGAGGCUGCUGAGCAAUCCACAUCCACGGCAACGGAUGAGCCUAGCUUUCCCUCCGAAACUUCUCGGGACCAACAAGAUGGAGGUCUCGACCUCCCCACUAAGCCCGUUGAAUCUGAGGCCGCCUCGGAGCCUGUCGCCCCCCCUCUCGAAGAACCAGUCGUUCCGGAGGAGCCGACGAUUCAAGAACCUGUUCCGGAGCCUGCGCCCAUCGAAGAGACGUCAUCCGAGCAGCCUGCCCCAGUGACCGUUGAAGAGGUUGCUCCGACUCCCGAAGUAAGCCAGGACGUGCAGCAUGAGCAAAGCUCUGAGUCCCAGACCAAGAAAAAGAAGGGGAAGAAGGGCAAGAAAGCUGCUGCCGAGCCCGAGACGGUUUCUCCUCCUGCGCCUUCCUCUGCUCCAGAGCCCUCUCCCAUCGCAGUCGAGGAGCCAGUCCCUGCACAGGAAUCACCACCUCUUGAGAGCCAGCAGCCGCCCGUCGAUGAGCCAACAGUUGAGACUUCUCCCACUGUCCCUGCCGAAGCGCCAGCUCCUGGAUCGUUGCAGAGCUCACAGCCUGAAGUGGUGUCUGAUAUCCCGGCCAAGAAAAAGAAGAAGAAGAAGGGAAAGACGGCCUCUCUUGAACCCGCGCCGGAGCCUGUUUCUGAUCCUGCACCGCCAGCCACCGAGGAGGUGGUCGCUGUCGCGGAGGAGCCACCCACCUCAACUGGCGAGGACGCGAAGCCAGCUCCCGAACCGUCGCAGCCUUUGGACGAGCCAACAAUUGAGCAGCCUACCUCCUCCGUCCCUGUCGAAGAACCUCACUCAACGCCGGAAGCUCCCCCCGAGUCCGCGGCUGGCGAAGAGCCCUCUCAACCUUCUAACGAGUCUGAGGCCCCAGCUUCGGAAGUUCCGGUCAGGGAACCACCAGCCAACGAGGAGCCCGUUGAGGACACAACUAGGGACGCGGUGAGAACUUCAGCGGAAGCGCAGACAGAGCAAGUGUCGGACCAGCCAAGCAAGAAGUCCAAGAAAAAGAAGAAGAAAGGUUCCAAGGCCUCUGACUCCGAACCCGCCUCCGGUACUCUCACCCCUGCACAAGAGCCCGAGGUACAAGAAGCGGCACCUGUUGUGGAGCAGCCAGCAAGCAUUCAGGAGACGGUUGGGACUAGCGAAGAGGUGCAGACCACCAGCGGCGAUAUUGAGCAAGGCCCCGCGCCCGCUGAAACCGAACCCGCCCAAGCCGCUGAGCCUACUACCCUUGCCGAGGAUCCGGCUCCCGUCGUGCCCGACGUCAACGAGGGGACAGAGUUUCAGAAGGCUGUCUCUGAUUCCCUCGAGGCCACUCAGCCAGAAACCCCUGCCAACGAGUCCUCUGCUGUUUCAGCUAAGCAGAGCAAGAAGGCCAAGAAGAAAAAGAAGGGCAAAGGCAAAGAUGCCGAGCCUGAGCCUGAAAAGCCCUCAGCCGAACAACUGAGCUCAAGCGUUCCUGAGCCUGAGACAACGGAACCGGCCAAUACACCGGCUGCAGACCACGAUGCCGGCGCUCCGGAACCCAUCCUUGUCGAGGAGGCCCAAGGAGCCCAGGAUCAGGACACAACCAGGGAUCUCCCGGAGAACAAGCAACCAGAAGGUCAGCCAGAGGUUCAGAAAGAGGUCCAACCGGAGGUCCAGUCAGAGGUUCAGCCAGAGGUACAACUGGAAGCUCAACCAGAGGUUCAGCCAGAGGCUCAGCCAGAGGUACAACCGGAGGUUCAGUCAGAGGUUCAGCCAGAGGUGCAACCAGAGGUACAACUGGAAGCUCAGCCAGAGGUUCAGCCAGAGGCUCAGCCAGAGGUACAACCGGAGGUUCAGUCAGAGGUUCAGCCAGAGGCUCAGCCAGAGGUACAACCGGAGGUUCAGUCAGAGGUUCAGCCAGAGGUGCAACCAGAAGUGCAACCUGGGGAGGCCCACGAAACCGUCUCGUCGGAAGCACAGCCGCAAGUAGCUCAAGGGGAGCCCAUCACAAAGAGCAAGAAAGACAAGAAAAAGAAGAAGGGCAAGAACAAGAUUGCCGAGCCCCAGCCUGAACUGGAGCCCACAAAUCCCAGUGUCCCCGAAGAGCCCACUCCGGAGCCGACGGAUGAUGCAAUACCUCUGGAACCCGCUGUUGCUCGUGAGGAACUUCCACCAGCCGACGCGCCGGAGACACCCCAGGAAGUACCCAGUGGUAUUCCGCUCGAAUCGCAGCCUGAAGAAGCCACAGAAACUGCUCAACCCGACAUGCAGCCUGCAGAAGUAAAUGAACCUGCUCAGGCGGAUACGCAGCCCGAAGAGGCGCAAGUGAGCCCAGCUAAAAAGAGCAAGAAGGACAAGAAGAAGAAAGGCAAGAACAAGACGGCCGCGACGGAGCCUGAACCUCAACCUGAGUCCGAACCUCUCAGCAGCCCGCCUCCCGAUGCACUGGACUCUCCUGAUCCCAACGCGCCGGCCUCUGUUUCUGUGGAAGAUACUACUAGCGCUCAGGUUGAAGAGCAUAUUGAAGAGCCGGCCCCAGAUGUCUCGGGCUCUCUCGAGCAACGGGCUCCUCAGGAAAUGCCACAAGAUGCCGCCGAAGAUGCGCCGGUUGCGCCGACAAAGAAGAGCAAAAAGGACAAGAAAAAGAAGAAGGGCAAAGGUCCUGAGUCCACCCAGCCUGAGCCUGAGAUGGAACUUGCGGUUGAACCAACACCUGAGACGUUGGCCGAACCCCUGCCGGAGCCCGCUCCCGAGACCGCUCCCGAGCCCGCAUCCGAGUCGACCGUCAUUCCCGAGGCAGAGGCUCCUCUUCCUACGACCGUCGAGGAUCCGACCGUUGCGGCCGACAAAGAUGCCGCCCCUAGUGCUCAAGAACCGCUUCAACAGCCCAUAGCUGAGGCGUCUCAUGUUCCGCAGCAACAACAGCCGGAGCAGAUCCCCGAAGAGGAGUCCCAGGACCUCCUGGCAGCGCCUGCAAAGAAGAAGGGGAAGAAGGACAAGAAGAAGAACAAGGCUGCGGCCCUGGUGUCCAUGCCUGAGUUCGAGACGACUUCUCAACCUUCCACUGACUCGUCUCGAGAUGUCGUUCGAGAUGUCGUUCCGAGCCCCGAGCCCGCCCCCGAGCCCGAGCCCACCUCCGCCCCUGAACCCGCCGUCGCGGAGCCGGCCGAGUCCCAGAUUCCAGUCGCCGUCGAGUCCGAGGAGGUGCCUGCCAGCGAGGCCCAGCAACCCGCGCAAGAGUCUAGUUCAGGGGUUGCGGAUGCUCAAUCAAAGGAGCUCGAUACCGCGGUGGAGCAACAGCCGCAGCCUGAGGAAGCACAGGACGCACCGAUCAAGAAAGGCAAAAAGGGGAAGAAGGGCAAGAAGAACAAGGCUGCUGAACGCGAACCUAUCCCUGAGCCUGCUCCUGAGCUCGCUGCUGAGCCUACUCCUGAACCUGCUGCGGAGCUUGUUGCUGAGGCUACUCCUGAGACAGCUGCCGAGUCGGCUCCUGAGCCUGCUACCGAGCCCGCUGCAGAGCCUACUCCUGAGCCUGCCACCGAAACUGCUGCUGAGCCCGCUCCUGAGCCUGCUGCAGAGUCUGCUCCCGAACUCGCUACCGAGCCUGCUGCCGAGCCCACUGUUGAUGCUACCUCCGAGCCCACGUCGCAACACGAACCGGCUGCUGAACCUCCUCUUCCUGAUUCCGCAGUUGAGCCAGAACAAGCGGGCACCGAGUCACAAGAGCUUGCGGUCUCUGUUCCCGCCGUGCAGGAGGAAGCUACCCAAGAACAAACCGGAGAGGCUAUCACCGAGCCUAGUGGUGUCCAACCGCAAGAUCUCGGCGCCACGCCUGCGGAGCAACCAGAGGAGGCAUUGGGCGUGUCUGUCAAGAAGGGGAAGAAGAAAAAGAAGAGCAAGAACAAGACCGCUUCUCCCGAGUCGGAGCCUGACACGGCGCCUAUGUCUGGGCCCGUAUCGGCAUCCGCCUCCGAAUUCGUCCCAGACGCUAGCCCGACUGGUGAUGUUCAGGAACAUAUCAAGCCAGAGACCGACGCAUCACUCGCCGCUGUCGCUCCUGAUCAGGAACCAACCUCGCAUGAGGUCAGUCAAGAGCCAACCCCGGAGGGCACGGGUACUCAUUCAGGGGAGGCUGACUCGUCAUCUGUGCCACAGCAACAGGCGGAGGAGACCCAGGAUGCUCCUGUCAAAAAGGGCAAGAAGGACAAGAAGAAGAAGAGCAAGAACAAGGUUGCUGUUCCGGAAUCCGAACUGGAGGCCGUGGCCGCUCCCGCUCCCGCUCUCGAAUCUACGCCUGAGGUGAUGGCCGAGUCCGAACCUAAGGGCACCCCGGACCAGCCCAUCUCUGGGGAAGAUGCUCCGAAUCCAUCCGUCUCGGUGGAAGAAAACAUCAGCGCCGAUGGUCCAGCUCAGGAAACAACUACGGAGAUCUUGGAUGCUCAAACAAGAGAUCUUGGUAGCGCAGCAGAGCCGCAGCCGCAGCCCGAGGAGACGGCGAGCGUCCCGGCCAAGAAGAGCAAGAAAGACAAGAAGAAGAAGGGCGGCAAAGGCAAGGCUACUGCGCCCGAGCCAGAACCCGCAGCCGAGGCAUCCCCAAUCGUGGAGGCACCAGCAACCGAGACCUCUGCCCCCGUUGUUCCGGAGCCCGAGACCCUGACACUUAGGGGAGUUACCGACGAGCCUGCCGUUGAGGCUGCGACUGAGGCUGCGCCCAUGCCAGAACCUGAGUCUACCACUGAGCCGGUUGUCGAGGUCAUUACGGAGCCUGGCACAGAUACCGUCGUAGAAGUCGCAGCUCCCGCUUCCGAGGUUGUAAUUGAGGUCCCUACUCCAACAGAGCCUGCUCCCGAAACCGUAGCAGAGGCCGCCCCGGAAUCUAGCUCAGAACCCGUCGUGGAAUCUGUUGCCGGACCUCCUGCUGGACCCGUUCCUGAGCCCAUCACCGAACCCGCCACAGAGCCUGUCACCGAGCCCAUCGCUGAGGCCGGUCAAGAGGCACAAGUAGAACCCGAGGUGGCGCCUGCAAAAAAGGCCAAGAAAGACAAUAAACGCAAGGGUAGCAAGCAGCUUCUUUCCGAGCCUGCUCCCGAGGCCGAAGCACUCAGCACAUGCCAAGACGAGAUCGUUGAAGCGCCCACCGAAGAGGUCGAGGCCGUCCAAGAAACAUGUAUUCCGGAUGCUCCAACCGAGGAAGCCAUCCAGGGGGAAAGCAAGGCCGACGACAACCUCUCGACCGAGUCCGCCAAGAAGUCAAAGAAGGGCAAGAAGAAGGGUAAGCAAGCAGGUCUAGAGCCGGAGACCGAAGUUCCGGCAGCAGAAGCCGAGCCGGUCCUCGACGUUCACGAACCACGGGAUGUCUCUCUCGACGACGAGGAAGCCGUCUACGGCGGACCGAGCCGUGAGGACGGGGAGACUUCACCCAUCAAGGAGACCGAACUUGGGGACGUCGAACCCGGCGAGGCCUCUUCCGUGUUGCCCGGCAAGAAGCCAAAGAAGAAGAAGAAGAAGGGCAAGAAGGCGCUCGAGCCUCUGAUGGGUUCCGAGGAUGUUGCGGGGACGGCAGCCGAGGAGGCCUCCACUGCCCCGGGACCACUGCAAGACGAGGCGGCCCCCCUGGCUCAAGAGGCACCUGCGCAGGUUGACGAGGCUCGUGGCCCCGAAACUGUGCAGACCGAGGAAACGCCUGAGACGUCUGUGCAAGUUCGGAAGGGCCCUGCUCCUGAAGGUGUGCAAACUGAGGAGGCGCCUGUGGAGGAGGUUGAGGCGACGCCUGCGCAGGUGGAGAGCGACCCUGUUCCUGAAACUGUGCAAGUUGAGGAGACGCCUGUGCAGGUUGAGAAGGCCCCUAUACCCGAGGCUGUCCAGGUCGAGGAGGCUCCCGGUCCUCAGGAAGAAGGUCAACAAAUCAAGGAGAUCCCUCCUUCGUCGGAGUCUGUCCAAGUGGACGACGAGUCCGCUCCUAUGCCCGAGCCCGUCCAGACUGAGGAACCAACAGCUCGUGAGUUGGUGGUGGAAGAGUCCACUCCUGGUGCUGCCGAUGGCGCUGCAGCAGCAGAGGCAGCGAAGGAGGAGGAAGUGGUCGAGUUCACUGGCAAGAAAUCCGAGAAAGACAAGAAGAAGAAGAAGAAGGGCAAGAAGACGGAUUCGGCCAUUACGUCUGGCUCAGAGACUCCGCAAAGUCAGGAGGAACCGUCCAUUGCGGAUGUCGGUCCGGCAGCAGCGCUUGGCACAGCCAUUACUGCGGGUGUUGCUCUCGCUGGAGAUGAGGCACCGACGCCAAAGGAGGCCGCCGAAGAUGACUCUGGGCUUGUCGGAAGGGAGAGCAGGAAGGACGAGAAGGAGGAGGAGGAGGAGGAGGAAGAGGAGGGCGGGAGCCCCGUCGCAACGACUGGGGACGAAGCUACGCCUGAGGCGAGCUGGAGCAAACAACAGGUUCAGACCGAAACAGAGAAGCAGGCAGAGGUCGCUGAAGGCGGGCCUACUGCAACUAUCGAGGAGACGGGCGCAGACAUGCCGGUCGACAAGAUGCCAAGCAGCCGACGGCAAACCCCAGGCGUCGAGAAGGUCGAGAUGCAACCUGCAGUGUCGAGAGCCGGACGGUCACCGAGUCUUGGCCCGGCAACCAUCGGCCUGGGCCUCAUCACCAACCCACCGGAGCCGUACCCCGAGGACGGGCCAUCGCCGAAGCUCCUCAGCGGGGUUCAUCAGGCUCCCUUCUCGCUCGACGCACAACUGGAAGCGGCGCAACAAGCGGACAGGGAGACGGGACCAUCACGAGAGGGCCGCCGCAUGACCCAUGAACCGCCGUUCGAGUACGAUACGAAGCGGAAGAAGGUCAAGACAGAGGAGCUGGAGGCUACGGAGAUCUCGGAGCCGGUCAUCUCGGCUCGCGAGGUGGAGGCCUGUCUCGGGGAAGACAAGGGUUCGGGAGAGGAGGUCAAGAGGGACGUGGUGGUGGUGGAGGAGGUGGAGGACGAGGGUGGCGUCAGUGCGUUGCCGCCCGGCGCGCCGCUUCCUGAGGGUGGUGCUCCAUUGCGCCCUGCGGAGAAGUAUGGAGACGAGCAGGAGAGACAGGAAGGGGAGCAGGGCAGCACGGGAGUGGUUGUUACGGAACAGGAGAAGCAAGCAGGAGAGGAGGUCUUGGGUGUUGAGCACGCUACGAUGGAAGUGGACCAGCGGGAGCAAAAGGAGAUGGGGGUGGAACAAGAAGAGCACGGAGAGCCAGCAGAGCCUAAGGCUGAGAGGAGCACCGAGGAGCGGGCAGACGACGAGGAAGCGAGCAUGGUCGUCGAGUCUCUCAGCGGCCCGGGCCUGGGUCGUAUGGAUUCCGAAACGAUCCCGAGGUCACUCCGAGAGCCAUCAGCCGCGGGGGAGCUGUACGAGGAGGAGGAGAAGAAGAAGGGGAAGGAGAGGCGGGAACGAACGGCAUCACCAGAGCCGACGAUGCAGCGAGCUUUCUCGUUCCCGGACGACAUUGCGGACGAAGAGGUAUUCAGGACCAGAAAGAUGGAGGAGGAGGAGGCGGAGGACAAGAAAGUGGACGAGGCGGAGGCGGCGGCGGCAGCAGCAGACGAGCCGGUCCGGCUCCCGCCGCCGUCGAGCUUCGCCGAGUUCAUGCGGUCGCAGACUAGCCUGCCGCCGGUGCAAGAGGAGCUCUCAGACAGCGAGCCGAGGGAGAGGGAGACGGAGCAGGAGCAACAACAAGGAGAGCGGACAAAGGCAAGGGCGACGACCUGGCAACACAAGCGAGGCAGUCUCGAGGUUCCGGAUGCGCCCGAGCCCCAGCGGGACAGCGGGUUCUCGUCUGGGUCCGGGCACCUCUCGCAGCCGCUGGGAGGCGGCCACGAAGCUCUACGGGACAGCGGUGUGCAGGGGCGGUCAGCGUCGCCGAGAAAUUCCGGGGAGCGAGAGAUUGGAGACUGGGACGGAGAGACAAGAGAAGUAGGACGAAGAAUUGCCGGGGGGUCAUCGUCGUCACCGUCACCGUCACCGCCGACACCGCCGCCGACGACGACACUGCCGACGACGACGAUGACAACAAUGACGACGACGACGACAAUGACGACGAUGAGCGGGCAGCGCGGCAGUGGACAGCGCGGCAGUGGACAGCGUGGUGGCCAGCGCGGGUUUGGCGCCGUCGUCGGGCCCGAUACACCUACACCGCGCCUGCACGAGCCCUCACCGCCGCCGCAGACUCCCGAGCCAGAAAAAUUGCUGGUCAGCAAAAAGCGGGCCUCGGUGGCGAGCCUGCGCAGCAGCCCGACCGACCACAACACAGGCCAAUCGCCGCGGCCCGCCGACCCCGCCGCCCGCCGGGUGCCGUCCAAUACCAGCGUGGCCCGCCUGCGCACCCCAGAGCUGCCUGCGUCGCGGCCUGACAGUCCAGGCAGCGCCAUUGGCCUUGCCAGCCGCCGCGGAACCACCCCACCGCUGCAGCUCCGCCGAAUGGACAAGCGUGCCAGCGGCGACCUGCGCGCCGUGUCGCUCAGCCAGAGCCAGAGCCAGAGCCAGAGCCAGAGCCAGAGCCAGAGCCAGAGCCAGCGAGACUCGCGGGUCUGGGUCUUGGCGGCGGCCGACCAGCACCAGCAGCAGCAGCUUCAAUCCUCGCCGCUGCCCACCACCACCGCAGCAUCAGCAGCCGCAGCAGCAGCAGCCGCUUCUUCAACCACCUCUGCCUCUCGAGCUGCUGCGUACAGCACGACGCCCGUCGCUAAUGAGGGCCGUGUCCGCGCCAAGGACAUGACCGAUGUCUACGAUGGCUACGGCGAGGGCCGCAUCGGCUCGCCGCGCUCCCCGACCCGCCCGCACAGCAUGCGGCGCCGCCAGAGCAUGCAGGUGCUCGAGCUCGAGGCCCGCGUCGAGCAGCUGCUAGCCGAGAACCGCAUGCUCGCCGAGGCCCGCGCCCAGGCCGAGUCGUCGCACUCGCACCGCACCGCCACCGCCCUGGCCGAGCGCGAGGCCGAGAUCGAGUCGCUCAAGCGCAUGCUCAAGGAGGCCAACGAGGUCAUCGACCGCCUCAAGCAGACAAACGAGGGCCUGCGCAGCUCCACCUCGGCCAUCGCCGUCAAGCAUCGGGAGGACCUCCGCCGCGCCGAGGCCGACCACGCCCAGACCGCCCGCGAGCUCGACUCGGCCCGCGCCUCGGCCGCCCAGCUCGCCCGCGCCGCGCAGGAAAAGGACGCCGAGAUCGCCCGUCUGCGCGCCCAGCUCGACGCCUCGACCGCCCAGAUCCGCGAGCUCCAGCAGCAGAUCCUCGACCAGGCCCGCCCCGUGGACGACCCGGACUUCCUCGACCCCCACGACAUCGACUACUUCGACCACCGCUGCCAGCAGCUCUUCGCCCACGUCCAGCAGUGGGUCCUGCGCUUCUCCAAGUUCAGCGACAUGCGCGCCUGCCGCCUCACCUCGGAGCUCAGCGACGAGAAGCUCAUCGACCGCCUCGACAACGCCGUCCUCGACGGCUCCAACGUCGACACCUACCUCGCCGACCGCGUCCGCCGCCGCGACAUCUUCAUGAGCGUCACCAUGGCCAUGAUCUGGGAGUUCGUCUUCACCCGCUACCUCUUCGGCAUGGACCGCGAGCAGCGCCAGAAGCUCAAGCACCUCGAGAGGCAGCUCGUCGACGUCGGGCCCCCGCACGCCGUCCGCCAGUGGCGCGCCGUCACCCUCACCCUGCUCUCCCGCCGCCCCUCCUUCAAGAAGCAGCGGGACCAGGACACCGAGGCGGUCGUCCAGGCCAUCCUCGACACCCUCUCCAAGGUCCUGCCCCCGCCCUCCAACCUCGAGGACCAGAUCCAGUCCCAGCUCCGCCGCGUCGUCCGCGAGGCCGUCGGCCUGGCCAUCGAGAUGCGCUGCCAGCGCGCCGAGUACAUGAUGCUGCCCCCGCUCCAGCCCGAGUACGACGACACGGGCGAGCUCACCGAGACCCUCUCCUUCAACGCCGCCCUCAUGAACGAGGCCUCGGGCACCCCCGGCCAGACCAACGAGGAGCUCGAGGCCGCCAACGCCACCGUCCGCAUCGUCCUCUUCCCCCUCGUCCUGCGCAAGGGCGACGACCUCGGCAAGGGAGAGGACGAGAUCGUCGUCACCCCGGCCCAGGUCCUCGUCGCCACCUCCCACACCAGCAGGAGGGGGUCCCCCGCCUCCUCCGCCGCCGCCGGCAAGGGCGUCGGCCGCAUGCUGACCCCCGUCUCGGACGCCGGCGGCGCCAGCCUCGAGGCCAGGAGCCUUGCCGGCGACAAGAGCCCCAAGGGCAGCGUCAAGGGCGGCGCCGGCCUCCACAGCGACCUCAGCAUGGAAGGCGGCCCCGGCGGUUAUCUCUGAAAGAAAGUUUUCAACACCUGCGGUUUCUUACUGUCUGACAGUUCAAACCACCAUCACCAUCACGAGUGUGCGUAUGUAUGAAGAAGAUGAUGAUGAAAAAAAGAAGAAGAAAAAGAAAAAGAACUAGGAAUGGGUCGAAACCUCGAUGAGACACGA